CGAGCCAGCCCCAGUGAGAGCCAACAUGCCGUUCCGGCCGCAACCGAUCGUCAUCGUCGUUCUCGUCAGUUCGGUACCGGUUUAAAGACGCAUCGAACUGAAAUCCUCGGCCGUCUGUCUCGCCUCCUUGUGCACAGUUCGUGCCUCAGUUCGCGAAAGAAACACGAAUUGAUCGCGAGUUUCGCGUUGAAACGACCGCCACGGAAAAUACUUUCUCGGUGACGUUUGUGAAAAGCACGGUGAACGUUCGCAUAGAAAUCCGAAAACUCGGUUCAACGUUUCCCGUAGUUUACGACUAUUCGAUUUGUUCGAUCAGUUUUCCUUCGUUUCUCUACCUUUUCUGCCUCUCUAUCUACCGUCCCACUCUUACUCGUCUAAAGUCUCUCGUUCCAUCUCUGUCGUCUCCCCAUAUCCCUUCCCUCUGUUCAUCCUUCCGUCAUCGUCUCGUCGUCGUCGGUCGCGCGUAAGCCAGACGGGGUACGAAGAGCCGCACGGAUUUAUAUAUUCGUGUAACGCAGGAGAGUUUAGCAACUACGUAAAUAUGGCGUGUAAACGGUGGUGCUUUAACCGUGGCUGUGAUGGAGCUACCAGACGUUGGCCGUGUAUCCUGUUGUUGCUGGCCCUGUACGUGCUCGACACGAGCUUCGCGGACGAGUCCAAUCGAUACCUCUAUGACCUGUAUCACUCGAGAGGUCAAUCGCGGGCCGAAUAUGAACCAACCGAAUUCACCUACUCGGCGAUCGACAGAAACGAAGGGUUCAGCAGGGCGCGCCGAGCCGCGAUCGAGAAAACACUCGUCACGACGGAAGUGCCCGAGCAACAACCGCAAGCAGUCGUCAAUACGUCGAACGCAUCGGUGAACGUUUCCUACUCGACGGAUAACGCGAACGAAUCCUCGACUACAGCUUCGUCCCCGUCGUCGACUACGGUUUUAACCGUUAAACAAGUGUCCUCGACGACGCAGCAACCAACCCCGUCGGUUUCGCCUCCGAUCGCCUCGAACGCCACCUCGACCAAGGAUACGCUGACGGGAACCAUUUGGGCGAAUCGCACCAUGUGGGACAAGGUCACGGAUAAAUCAUCGGAGACUAACACGAGUUCGCCCAAGGUCCCGGAAUCCGUCACCGAAAUCACGGACAAUAAAGACGACUCCGAUACCACUAUCGGAGACAUAUCCAUUAGCAAGUUCUCCUCGGAUGUAACCAACAAGACUUUAUCUCAACAUAAUAUUUUGAAAAUUGUGUGCGACACGCAUCAGUAUUACAACAGCACGUUCAUCAUCAACGAAUUCGUGGGUAAGAAGUACUGGGUGGACAUAGAUGCUCAUCCGGAUUUGAAGGUCAAUCAUUUGCUCAGUCAGAGCCAUCGCCGAGCUGCGACCGUCAAGUUGAAAUUCGAUUUCCCUUUCUAUGGCCAUAAAGUUCGUAACAUUACCAUCGCCACGGGAGGUUUCCUUUAUACCGGCGAAUACGUCCACAGUUGGCUCGCCGCCACCCAAUACAUCGCACCGUUGAUGGCGAAUUUCGAUACGCGUUUGUCCAACGACAGUUACGUCAAGUACGCCGACAACGGAACUGCAUUCACGGUUGUAUGGGAAAAGGUAGUUUUGCAAGACAAACAGGACGCCGGGGCGUUUACCUUCCAGGUGACUCUGCAUCAAAACGGCGACAUCGUUUUCGUCUACUCGGUAAUUCCGUUGAUGGUCGAACACAUCGAGGAUACAGCGCAUCCUGUCAAAGUCGGCCUCAGCGACGCCUAUAUCAUGGACAGGAUAGUGUUCUUUGUUCGCAGGAAAACAAUUUACGAGUACCAUCGUGUCAACUUCAAUCGACAGGAUAUCCAGAAUUGGACGGUGAUCUAUUUGAACGCGUUACCCACCUGCUUGGAAAUGGACAACUGCAGAGACUGCUUAACCAAAUUGAAGGAUUUCGACUGCAAAUGGUGUUCCGAGUUGAAUCAGUGUAGCACGGGAACGUUCAGAUCGCGGCAAGAUUGGUUGUUGAAGGGUUGCGACGUCAGGAAGAUAAAAGAGGUCGACAAUUGCCCACCACCCACCACUACGUACAAGGAACACGAGGAAGAGUUCAACCAUGUUUUGCACGUGCAUUCGGAGGAGACUGUUACCGUCAGUGAAAUGAACGCCAAGCAGGAGAGACCCGGAACGAGUUCCUUGGAAUUUGGUCGAAACAACAAUAUGAACAUGGGAGUUUCUGGAAUAAUUGGAAUUCUCCUCGUGGUCGGUUUAGUCAUGGGUUUGGUGGCCUGGGCUGCGUACGCUUAUCGCAAUCCUCAUAGCGCGUCCGGACAGAUGUUGAUCAGGUACCGACCAAGUCAAUGGAGUUGGCGAAGAGGAGAAGCACGUUACACGGCAGCAACCAUUCACAUGUGAUUCACAUGGGUAUAUCGUAAUCGAAGCGCACUCAUCGGUUGGUACAGAAUUGUCAGACCAAACUUCCUACUAAGCGUAUACUGUACCAAGUCUGGGACUUUUUACGUACGGAACCGUUUCCUUGCAAUGGCACGUUUGUCACUUUGUCAAUUGUCGCGUAGUAACGGGUAACGAUUUUUAAAGUUACAAAAUGAGGACAGUGCGCAUUUAAUUAUAAUCGAAACGUUCAAGUCACAUCAAAGAAAAAACCGAGUAUUUUAACAUUGUAUAUUGUCGCAAACAUUGUAACGCUAUUCCGAAAGUAAUAGUCAUGAAACUUAUAUGGCGACAACGGUAUAGAACAAACUAUUCGGAGUAAGUUUUUUCAUAUAAAAUGGCUCGACGACAAAAGUUUAUUCGUAGUUAAAAUUUUGGACAGGCUUGUAUAGUGAUAUACCGUACAAGGUAAGUAAACCAUGAAAUUUAUUUAUCCUGAUUAUUUUCGUUGUCAACGGAACGGGCUAAACUAUUUCACCUCGACUAAUUUUGUUGGAAAGGAUCGCAAGAACGUGACUGCAUUGUUUUUUCGAAUCUGAAAGUAACCUCGAAAACGUAUACGGCAGUUUCAGCCUGUAGAAAUGCCUAAAGACAAAUUUAUAUCGCAGGGACUUAUUAUACUGUGUGUCCGGUAGAGGUUAACCGUAAAAAUACCAGACUGAUCUCCGCAACGCGUAAUUUUUCGUAACAUUUACCAUUAGUCAUUGCCUCGCGAUGUUCGAAAAUAACGACGAAACAUUUCCAGAGCAAACGAUGAAAAAACUAAGGGACAAACGGAGACCGGUAUUUUGUUUCGUUGACUUUACGAAAACAUUCGCGACGUUUUCCGAGUCAAAGUAAGGAACCGUGUGAGGCAGAGGUCCUUAGCCUGGAUAUCGAGCAUUUAUGUGAUUAUAGUAUCAUGUGGUAUACCUUGUUAUUGUUUAAGAAUUCGUUUUUUUUUUUUUUUUAUCGUUAUACAAAUCGCAGUAAUUGUUUAUAUAUAUAAUCUCCGCGGCGUGAAGAACAUCGAGUUAAAGAAAUCAACAAUCGAACGACCAAAUUCUUCGAUCUAGCUUAUCGAAAUUGCAGUUCAAUUAUCAUACACGACUAAAAUAUUUAAAAACCCUUUAUGAACUUUUAAAAAUGAUUAUCAUUCAUGUUGUCGUAUCGCGGAUGUCUUCAUUUUCAUUGUCGGUAACACAUUCCAGAAUACGCAAUUCCAUCGAACAGAAAGUAUUUAUCGCAACAAAUUAACAUCUCCGUGAACUGCAGUUUCAUUUUUAUUUUUUUUUUUUUAAAUUUUAAGCAUAUAUAUAUAUUAUAUAUAUAUUUUUUUUUAAGACAAAAUUUAAUAAAAUAUAAACCCUUUAAAUGGCUUGCGAAGGCAAUAAUGAUAAACUCAUAUCAAUCGAUAACACAUUAGAUCACCAGUGUAUAUAGUAGUACAUUAAAGCAAUAUAAUUUUUAUGUAAUUCUAAGUGUAAUUAAUGUCUGAAAAGGUGCCUUUGAUCGACUUUUUGAUCCAUUUAUUGGCGAUAGAAUAUAUCGAUUAAAUAUUUUCUACUAAUCACCGUGAAUCGAAUUUUAUACAAAUCUUCAAACUGUAAAUUAUAGAACGAUCGUCUGUUUGUUGAAAACACCUUUAGUUACAAUUUAGACGAUUUUUAAAAUAACUUGUAUUUGUAGCAGCGAAUUUUUAUCUUCGUAACGAUGUCAAAUCGAACGAUUUUUCCAAUUAUAUUUGAAAACAUGUCUGCAUGAUGAAAUUACUUAUAGAGGAUUAUAAGAAACAAUUAUAAACAUCACGGUUAGUUUUUCUUACAUUACUGUGUACGUUUUAACUCAUAGUUUGUGAUAAUAAAUAUUACAAUUAUUACAAUAAA